CCCCGCCCCCCCUUCUUUCCUAACCUACCCCCUCCAAUGCCAAUAAAGUGAAUCCCUUCUUCCUGAGAAAAAUGCCAGUAUGAUAUUAAAGGGAAGGGGCCGGCCGUCCCUGGUGAGAUUCAAUGCUGUUGGGAGACCCGGCUUAAUUAACCAAGAGAGGCUUGUUCAUGGAAACUGGGAUGGGGAGGAGGUGGCCUUUCCCUGGAAGGAAUGGGUGAUGGAAGCCAGACAUACUAAUAUUAACUCAUAAACACAGGUUCACCACCAGUGUCUUCUCUGUCUUUUCCUUAUUGUCAGAAGAGCUUAUUUCUAGCCAUGGAAGGUAAACGCUGUAGACGCGGUUGUAAGUCCCCGAUGCGCAACACAGCAACAGCUUUAGCGUUUCUUUUUCUUAUACAGCUGGUCUUCAACUUUAAAAGCUUUAUAGUAAUGAGAGAACUUUCCAGUUUUCCCUUGCACAUUUUCUUUGUACUGGUCGUGGAGCUCAAGCAACGUGAAACCUGUAAAAUCGGGAACUGCCUGAGCCACGAGAGGCAUCGUCUAUUUGUAGCUUGUUAAAUAUUAACUUGUUUUAUGGCUGUGAACAUGGAGACAAGACCAUGUGUCACUGAUGCAUGAGGCUCUCAGUACAUUAAGUACUGCAAGGCAGGAACAGGUGCUGGGGUGGAAUUACUCUUGAGCAGCUUUAGUACGAUCGAUUUAAGAAAAUCUGUCUUCUUUUCUCUGUUCAGGGCCGAUCUUUUGUCCCGUGGCUCACAAAAUCAUGAGGCAAAUGUUAAACACUUUUAUUUUCACUGACUCGUCUGAGACCAACCCUAUUGAUAAACCAUCCACUCCGUUUUAAGGGAGUUUGCGAUGUUGGAUUUGCCGCGUUCAGCCUGACCCACGAAUGCGUUGAGGUUAUGGUGUUGUUGUUGUUGUCGCUGCGGAGUCGUACAGCUGCUCUGCGAGUUAAACCGGCGCCAUGCAGACCCCUGAGGCAGGUGCUGACUCCACCUCCACAGUCCCUCUUCAGACCACCGUGCCUGUCCAGCCCACCGGCUCCACCCAGCAGGUGCCUGUCCAGCAACAGGCCCAGACUGUGCAACAGGUUCAGCAUGUUUACCCAGCGCAGGUGCAGUAUGUGGAGGAAAACAGUGGCGUCUACACGAAUGGCAACAUAAGGACCUACUCUUACUCGGAGCCGCAGCUGUACAGCCAGAACAGUGGGGGGAACUACUUUGACACACAGAGCAGCUCAUCGCAAGUGUCCACCGUGGUGACAUCGCAUGGCAUGACCAACAACGGAGGCGGCGGCGGAGGGAUGAGCAUGACUCUGGCAGGGGGUCAGGUAAUCAGCACCAGCCCGGGGGCUUACAUCAUGGACAACGCCGCCCCCCACCCCGUCAGCCAGACGGCACGAGCUUCCCCAGCCACUAUUGAAAUGGCGAUUGAGACGCUCCAAAAAUCUGAGGGUUUAUCCAGUCAGAGAAGCUCGCUGCUCAACAGCCAUCUCCAGUGGCUGUUGGACAACUACGAGACAGCAGAGGGCGUGAGUCUACCACGCUCCACCCUCUACAAUCAUUAUCUGCGCCACUGCCAGGAGCAGAAACUGGACCCCGUUAAUGCAGCCUCUUUUGGCAAACUUAUCCGCUCCAUCUUCAUGGGACUCCGUACGAGGCGCCUCGGGACAAGAGGGAACUCCAAAUAUCAUUACUACGGAAUACGUGUGAAACCAGACUCGCCGCUCAACCGGCUCCAAGAAGACAUGCAGUACAUGGCACUCCGACAGCAGCCCGUUCAGCAGAAACAGAGGUUCAAGCCGGUGCAGAAGUUCGAUGGCUGCACUGGAGAGAACUACUCAAGUGGAGGCCAGCAUCUUCCUGGUGCAGAGGAGCAGACCGUCAUUGCACAGAGUCAACACCACCAGCAGUUCCUCGAUGCGUCGCGGGCACUCCCCGACUUUGUAGAGCUGGACCUGGGACCGAGCAAUACGGAGAGCAUCAGCCCCGAGGAUGUGAAAGCCCUCCAGUCCCUUUAUAGAGAGCACUGUGAGGCUAUCCUGGAUGUGGUUGUCAACCUCCAGUUCAGUCUAAUUGAGAAGCUGUGGCAGACGUUCUGGCGUUAUUCUCCCCCUGACUCUGUAGAGGGAGCCACUCUAACAGAAAACAGCAGCUUAAGUGAGAUCGAAGCCCGGCUGCCCCGUUCGCAGCUGAUGGAACUGUGCAGAAACGAGGCCGUGCUGAAGUGGAUGAGUACCUGUGACCAUCUAAUGUACCAGGCCCUCGUGGAGAUCCUCAUCCCUGAUGUCCUGAGACCCAUUCCCAGUGCCUUGACUCAAGCCAUUCGCAACUUUGCCAAAAGCCUGGAAGGUUGGCUCAACAAUGCCAUGAAUGCCAUUCCGCAGAGAAUGAUCCAGACCAAGAUUGCCGCUGUUAGUGCCUUUGCGCAAACACUGCGCAGAUACACAUCUCUGAACCACCUGGCUCAAGCGGCUCGGGCAGUUUUGCAAAACACAUCGCAGAUCAACCAGAUGCUGAGCGAUCUCAACCGCGUUGACUUUGCCAACGUACAGGAGCAGGCAUCGUGGGUGUGCCAGUGCGAGGAGGGAGUCGUUCAGCACUUGGAGCAGGACUUCAAGGCCACACUACAGCAGCAGAGCUCUCUGGAGCAAUGGGCAGCCUGGCUGGAAAACGUUGUCACUCAGGUGCUCAAGCCUUACGAGCACCGGCCCAGCUUCCCGAGGGCGGCGCGACAGUUCCUGCUCAAGUGGUCCUUCUACAGUUCUAUGGUGAUCAGGGACCUGACCCUUCGCAGCGCCGCCAGCUUCGGUUCCUUCCACCUGAUUCGCCUGCUGUACGACGAGUACAUGUUUUACCUUGUGGAGCAUCGCGUGGCACAAGCUACGGGAGAGACACCUAUUGGUGUCAUGGGGGAGUUCGAAAGCCUCAACACGCUGUCCCUCAGUAACCUGGAUAAAGAUGAAACCAGUGGGAUGGACAGCGACUUGGACGACGACAUAGAGGACACGGGGGAGCCUCUCGCCAAGCGGGAAAAGUCUGACCACGAGGUGAUCCAGGUGAUCCAGGUCGGGGCGCUGGAGGACGGCUCGCACCCCGUGGUGGGGGUCGUCCAGCCGGGCGUCCUCCACUCGCUGCCUCAGCCCCAGCAGGACCACAGCGAGCACAUCUUAACCCCUUCCGCCGCUACCCCCACCAUCCGCCACUGCAGCGCCACAGGCAACACCUACGCCUCCGUUUGAGGGUCCUCUGUCCCGCUUUUGCCUUCACGACCUCCCCCUCCCCCUGCAUAUUUUCUCUCUGUAAGUCUACAUGUUUCCGUCUGUUUGGUGCACCGUCUGCUCUCCAUAUCGAUUACCUGUCAUGGGGGAGUGCCGAAAUGGUGCUCUGGCCCAGAUGUGCUGUUGCUGUCUGACUGCUUAGUCUGGGUGGGGCGCCGUCACGCCAGCUUGUGCACUAUCGCAGGUGGAGGAGGACUGAUUUUUUUUUUUCCCGGUAAAUGUGUCCUGCCUUGGCGUGACUUCCAGGCCUCGUUCUGUCUGUCUGUACGGACGAGUUUUGUCUAAGAAGGAAAAAUUCAACCCUUUUUUUCAAACUAUUGAUGUCUCGGAGCUCAAAUCCAUGCCACCAGUCCCAGCGGAGCAAAGUCAUAGAUUGAUUCAGGACCUUCACCUGUUGUAAAUAGUUUUGCUGUGCUUUCAAUUGGUAUUCCCCAAAAAAAAAAAAACUCACGGUGCUAUUGUUCGAUUUCCAUUAAUCCCUCCUAAUUUUAGUAUGAUUUGUGCCGACUGCUGACAAACAAUUGGCUGAACAAAAUAUUCAAAGUUUUGUAUGUAGCUGAAAAACAAAAGUAAAGGGAGGACUUUCUAUGUAUGUGUGGCAUACGAGGAAAAGGGGUUAUACGUUCAUAUGGUAGCCAGACCAUAACAACCACUUAUGGCCACAGACAAGGAAACCCCUAAAUAAAUAUCUGUGCUGCCACUCGUGUGUGUAUAUAGGAAUGAGACCAGCUGUACAAAACCACUUACUAAAUGCAGCUUUUCUAUGCACGCCGUGCAUAACGCUUGCCUUUCUUCAUCGUAGAUGCUCUGUAGUGUGGUUUACUUGACCAGCUGUAAUCUUAAAAAAACAACAACAAAAAACUCCCCCGUUUUCUUUUUUCCUUACAGUUUCUGUCUUAAUGAAAUAUCUUAAGUUUACAAAGGACCAAAAACAAAGCAACAAGAGGAAGCUGAGAGGGAGCCUCUCGGGGCCACCCGAGAGCCGUCUCCUGUCCCACAGUGCCACGUCGCAGAGCAGCAGGAAUGUCAGGGAUCUAAUGUACCUCGGCUUUAUCAUAGUGCCUUAUCCUUAUAAUGCAGCUGUCCUCGUAGUCCUGACUGUGUGCUGCAGAGAGCCCACAGGCCCCCCCCUUUUUGCAUUGUCCCAGCCACAAAUUUGGCUUUCUGGUGAGCGGUGGCUGGAUUUGGGCCGCCUCGUUGGUGUCGAGACCCCCCCGUUCCCUUCCCCCAGAGGAUCUUCUCACUUAUCUGAAUCUCGGCCUUUGGCCUUGCUCUCCUGUCCUCACUCUGCCCUCUUGAGGCCUACUCUUACAUUAGCCUUUGUUAUCGGGUGAAGUGUGUGUGUGAGUAAGUGUUUUUAUGUGCGUGCGUACACGUGUGUGUAUAUAAGCCUCUCUCUGUGUGUGUAUGUGCGUGCAUGCAUGUGUGUGUGUGUGUGUGUGUGUGUGUUGAAACACAUCCAUCAGUCACCCUACCUCAAACCAGUGGUGCCAGCCCUUUGACGCGUGCAGCACAGUCACCAAACCUUAUUGCACACACACACCACUGUACUGCACAAAUCUCAACGCGAUAGAGAAAACCGGCAUUGCUUGCUUUUCUCUCACCUCUGAUACAUUUCCAUUUUGUUUUUUAGCCCGCUUUCCUCCUUUGUUCCCUGUUUUAAAGAUCAUCUUCGUACAGUGGACCAAAAGUAGAUAUUUUGUGAUAUUCAAAGAGAUAUAUAGAAAAAAAUAUAUAUAUAAAUAUAUGUAUAGUAUAUACAAUGAUACACCUGAUUCGUUCGCUUUAUGUGUGAUUGUUUCUUUUCGUAGCUCUUCUGUAAUUAGUUCAUAGACUGUGAAAUGACUGGGAACGACAUGGGGACUAACUUCUGAUUCAUUAGACAACAUCGAUACUUGAACUGUUCUAACAUUCUAUGUUGUGGAGAUUAUUGAGAUUAAUCCUCUAAAUAGGAACAAUUUGUAACUAAAAUGAUUUUUGUUAUUGUUUUAUCAUGCUUGUUGGUCUGCACGAUUUCUCUGCAGAAGUGUUUAUUUAUUGAUAUUUAUUGUGUUUUGGUUUAGAUGCUCACCCGUUACACCAUAUUCUAAUGGGGACUGUUUAUGGAUCACAAAUUAUACCACUGCCAAUGGCAGACCUACUGUAAAGGAGGACCAUGAGUUGUUGUUUUGUUUAGUUUUUUGUCUUUAUUAAGGUGAAGAACGAAGAAAAAAGGGAUGGCACUGUAUUUUCUGUAACCACUUGUUGUUCCAUCACUAGUCAACGAUCCCUUCAGACACUAAAGCUCUUUGUGUCUGUGUGGAAAACCUACGUAGAGGACGCGAGGGCCCCCCCCUCCCCAGAGUACUGCACGCCAUUUAGGUUUCUCGGUCAGUGGAAUCUCACGGAUGUUGAAAAAGUUGAGUACGCAGCGCACUGUAGCCCAAACCCCCGAAAUCUGUCUUUUCUAUUAUAUCGCUUAAAGAAGAGUUUCAGAGAGCCAAUGAGCUUUAAGUAGCUGGGAGUCGAAGGCCUGCGGGAAUUUCUCUCGUUUUCUCUCCAACUCCCGGAACUGUCAAACGCUAGUUGGGGAACGUGGAGAAAAGUUCCAAACACCAAAAUAAUUGCGUACAAAACCCCGAGCCCCCUAACUCACGCCUUGUGCAGAACCUUCUCCGGAGCUUCUCGUGAUAACUGUGACAUGAUGAACGGCGUUCCCAAGAGCGCAGUUGGCUGACUUUCUGACAUGAACUGAUGAAAUAGGCGAUGUUGUUCCGUCAACGUUCUGAUUAUGUUCUAAAACUGGAUAUUGUGUCCCAAUUAGGACGGUUGUGCUAGAUCAUUUGUUUACCUUUCUCUCACUGAACCUCUUUUUGUUUUUUUUUAACAAAUCUAUGCUCCCAUGUCAUAUAAAUCAAGUACAACAUUGUGGACGUAAACUUGUAUUAUUUUGUGCCUGACGUGAAAAUGGCUUAAAAUGUUUUCUUUAAAUCUUAAUUGUGUGCUUUAGGAUCAUCAAGUGCUUUCUGGUCGAGCUGCUCAAUUUUAUUUUAGUUAAUGUGUGCCAGACAGUGAUUUUCGCUUUCUGCAUCUCCGUCUGCCUGGUGAACAUUGGACCGAUGCUAAUGCUGCCAACACAAUUGUACUUUUUUGUAAAAUUAAGAAGUAAGAUUGUUUCCGUAACGGCUUUUUUGUUGUUUUUUUUUGCUUUUGUUGAAAGGAGUGCAUUUCCAAACCAGAGAAAAGAAAAAGACAUAAGCUAUUCCCUAACUGGUCAUAGUUGCUUCAUCACCUGGACGCCGCGGCAGCUUCACUGACCCAUAGCAGACUCCAGUGCCUUUUUAAUUUCGCCCCGGCCAGAGCAGAUGGCCCGGGGGCGACUAUUGGGUCUCUGGUGGGCUACAGAUAGAGGCCGAGGGGACAUUUCAUUGCACAGGUGCUGCCAUUGAGAAGACAACAGGGAAGCGUAAAGACCUGUCUUCAGACUGGACUAUUUAUUUACUGGAUGUGACUCCAUAAGGAACCCUACACACACACACACACACACACACACACACACACACACACACUUAGUUGUUUACAGACGGUAGGUUGACUGCAGGCGGCUUUUUAUUGUACAGAACUUGAUGAACAAGGUGAGUUACUGUAAGUAAGACGCUCUCUUGUGAAUUGUUUUCCCAUGGACGUAAUUUCUUUUUGUCGGAUGAUAUUCUCUGAAUGCUGUGACCCGUUUGAGAUUCGUAUUUGGAUGUUUUCAAGUGCCAUUUGACAGUCUAGUGAGUCGUGGCCAGCUGUAGCACGCUCUAAUGCAAGCACAAGCAUUUGGCAGUGGCAUUUGGGGAAGGUUUUUUUGUUUUUGUUCUCCCUGAGACAAAAUAUGUAUAUAUCAAAAUCUGAGAAAAAGGUAUAUUUAUUUGUGUCUUAAUUAUUUCAUUUUAUUCUUUUGGUGAACAUUUUAUCGGAUAUGUUUGCUCAAGUGCUUUUGUGCUUUUUUUGGAUAAUGUAUAAUAUCUGAUAUAAUAUAUACACACAAAUUUCAUGUGACUCUUUUUGUGUGCAAUUACGUUACUUCUCAAAUUGACAAGCGAACCAAUGCGUGUAGGGUGAUUUGUAAUGGUGUAUUUUACAUACAAAAAAGGACAGUUGGGGGACUUUUAUAUUUAUAAAGACAUUAUCAUUUAGUGUGUCGUAUUGAUGAAUAUAGAAACUAUUAAAGACACAUGUAGUUUGGUUUUCUGAAUAUUUCAGAUCUCAGCUCAGGCUAGCUUCUUAGUGUUGUUUUCUUAAAAUUUGUGAUUCGUCUUUGCAGUAAUAAACGUUUUCUUGUUCAGA